AUGGGAGAGACGGUCACCCCAAAUCACACCAUGGCAACUGAGUUCAUCCUUCUGGGACUCUCCUCCAACCCACAGACACAACUGAUCCUCUUUGUAGUCUUCCUGCCCAUCUACCUGCUGACCUUGGCUGGGAACAUCCUUAUUAUAAUCACCGUUGUCCACGAUCGGCGCCUUCACACACCCAUGUACUUCUUCCUCUCCAACCUCUCCUUCAUUGACGUGUGCCAUGCCUCGGUCACUGUGCCCAAGAUGCUGUUUGACUUCCUCGUCACAGUGAAAAUCAUUACCUUUGGGGGUUGUGUGGUACAGAUGUUCUUCCUCCACCUUUUCACCUGCACAGAGAUCUUCCUCCUCACCAUCAUGGCCUAUGACCGCUACGUGGCCAUCUGCAACCCUAUGCACUACCUCACCAUCAUGAACCACAAGGUCUGCUUGCUGCUGACUGGUGCUGUGUGGCUGGGUGGGACCGUGCACUCCAUAGCUCUAACCGGCAUGACAAUCAAUCUGCCCUACUGUGGGUCCCGGGAGAUAGACAACUUUUUCUGCGACGUGCCACCGGUCAUCAGGCUGGCCUGCACCGACACCUACAUCAUCGAAGCACUCAUCAUCGCCAACUCGGGGCUCAUCUCCGUGAUCUGCUUCGUGGUGCUGGUGGGUUCCUAUGGUGUCAUUCUGGUCUCCUUGAGGAACCGCUUCUCCGAGAGGCGGCACAAAGCCUGCAUCGCCCACCUGACCGUGGUGACGCAUUUUCUGGGUCACUGCAUCUUCACCUACUCCCGCCCUUCCAUCAGCUUCCCCGAGGACAAGGUGGUGUCGGUGUUCUUCACGGCCAUCACCCCCUUGCUCAACCCCAUCAUCUACUCCCUCAGGAACGAGGACAUGAAGAGGGCGCUCAGCAAGCUCCUGGGGAGAAAAGUGGAUGCCGAGGAGAAAUAG